CGGGCAAUGGGGCCACGCGUGGUGCUGCGGCCGCUCCGGGUGCUCCUGCUACUACUACCGGAGCUGCUGCUGCUGUACGGGGCUAAGGAGGUCGCGUCCCCGCCGCCGCGUCUCACGCAGCCCACUCUCUCGCCGCCGCCCGCCGUAACGAACGGGAGUCAGCCGGGCGCGCUGCACAACAGUACGCACGCGCGUUUCCCAGGGACGCCGGGCUCACCGCUGCUGCGCUCCUUGUACGUGCUCACUGGCCUCUGCGGCCUGGCCGCGCUCUAUUUCCUUAUCCGGGCGUUCAGGUUGAAGAAGCCCCAGAGGAGGAGGUAUGGCCUCUUGGCCAACACUGAGGACCCUGCUGAGAUGGCUUCAAUGGACAGUGAGGAGGAGACACUCUUUGAGGCCAGGAAUCUAAGAUGAUGCUGAGGUGGGGGAGGCGAUGUUUCCAGAGGCAAUGGCAGAAGGACAGAGUUGGGACCCACUGCAGGGGCCAGCACACCUGACCUGUUUUGUUGGAACCUGUGCUGCUACCUGCCUGCUUGCCUUUUUUGACUCUCUGC